AGAAGAAAGCGUGUCACACCGUCUCCCUUUGCAUGUACGAAAGCUUGCUCUAUCAUAAUGACUCUGGAAGACAACCCACGCGGUCGCCAAGCCAUUGAGAUUUCAACCGCGUUCAACGGUAUUGCUCUUAUCGUCGUUAUUUUACGUGUCUAUACGCGCGUUUUUAUUGUGCGGCAUUUCGGUGUUGAAGAUGGGUUCGCUGUAUUUGCUCUGGUGUGCUCCAUGGGUUUGACCGUAACAAUCGGACUACAAGCCAUGUGCGGCAUGGGCGAGCACCACACCGAACUCGAGCCCAACAUUCUACGAGACAGUCUAAAAGCCUUCUACGCCUCCCUGAUAGUCUACAACCUCGGUCUCGGUCUCAUAAAACUCUCCAUCCUCCUGCAAUACAAACGCCUCUUCCCCACAAAGAAGUUCCAGAUCCUCUGCUGGAUCGUGAUAACCGUCGUUGCGCUACACACAGCGUGGGCGGUUUUCGGGAGUAUCUUUGCGUGUUUCCCGGUUCAUGUGUUCUGGGAGAAGAAUGAGGAGGGUGCGUGUUUGAAUCAGUUCGCCAUGUGGUUCACAAACGCCUCCCUAACCAUUCUAACCGACUUCUCCAUCAUCCUGCUCCCCCUCCACACAAUCCGCACCCUGUCCCUCCCUUUACACCAGAAACACGCGCUUACCGCUAUUUUCGCAAUCGGUGGAUUUGUCUGUAUAGUUUCGAUAUUGAGACUGCAUUCGUUGAUUGCGAUUUCGAAUUCGGACGACCCGACAUUUGAUAACCCGCCGGCAGCGACCUGGUCGGCGGUGGAGAUGAGUGUGGGGAUUGUGUGUGCUUGUUUGCCAUGUUUGAGGCCGUUGGGGGUGAGAUGGUGGCCGAGGGCCUUUGAGGGGGGGAGUUUGGGCGUGGAUGGAGGGAGCGAGGAGAGUUUUUAUUCCGAGGAGGUGGGGAAGAGGGAGGGCUAG